GGCCCAGCGCUUGCGCCUGUGCGCCCUCGCGUCCCUCCCGCUUCCGUCUCUGGCUUGACCUCCAGCUGCCCGGGAGAAGAUGGCCGCUCCAGCAGUGUCCGGCCUGUCCCGGCAGGUGCGAUUCUUCAGUACUUCUGUGGUCAGGCCAUUUGCCAAGCUUGUGAGGCCACCUAUCCAAAUAUAUGGUAUUGAAGGUCGCUAUGCCACUGCUCUUUAUUCUGCUGCAUCUAAACAGAAUAAGCUGGAACAAGUAGAAAAGGAGUUGUCAAGAGUUGCACAACUUCUGAAGGAACCUAAAGUGGUUGCUACUAUUCUGAAUCCCUAUGUAAAGCGAUCCAUUAAAGUGAAAAGCCUAAAUGACAUCACAGCAAAAGAGAGGUUUUCUCCCCUCACGUCCAACCUGAUCAAUUUGCUUGCUGAAAAUGGGCGCUUGAACGACACCCCAGGGGUCAUUUCUGCCUUUUCUACCAUGAUGAGUGUCCACCGCGGAGAGGUCCCCUGCACAGUUACCACCGCGUCUCCUUUAGAUGAAGCCACUCUUUCUGAAUUAAAGACAGUCCUGAACAGCUUCUUAAGUAAAGGCCAGGUAUUGAAGUUGGAGAUUAAGACUGAUCCAUCAAUAAUGGGUGGAAUGAUUGUCCGUAUUGGAGAGAAAUAUGUUGAUAUGUCUGCGAAAACCAAGAUUCAGAAGCUGAGCAGGACUAUGCGGGAGACAGUCUAAAAGUGUUGAUUUUCUAUCGUCUGUAAAAAUUCUUGAACUUGGAGCAGCAAUAAAAUGCUUCCUGAACAAA